CCGAAUUUCGGAAGUCAUAAAAAGUGUCAUGUGUUCAGAUGGCGGUGAUAAUGUAAACAAAAGUGGAAUGUUGAUUUAGUGAUAGUUAUAAAAUCCCAAUUUUGUCGAGGGCUUUUGUUGCCUGUUUUGAACUUUUUAUAUUUUUUUUUAGAAAUAUGAGAUUUUGAUUGAAAUGUAUAUAUGGAAUUCACAAUCCAAGAAGCUGAUAAGUGUACUCCAUUAUGCAGAAAAGAAGUAGGCAAAUUUAUAAUUUUUUGUAUUAGUAUUAGCCUUGGCCUUGGUCUUCAUCCUAAUUAAAUAUUUUUAUUCAUUAUACUUAUAUUAUGACUUAGUAGACACUUAGUCACACGUGAGCCCUAAAUGAGGUUAAAUGUAUCCCUCAGCUUCAACCUAAGCCUAACCUGAACCCUAAUUCACUGCGACUGCAACUAUAAUAAACACGCAAAUGACGUCAUGGCUACAACUCUCCAAAUAAGCCCAAAAGACUUAGUAGUAACUGAAUUCUAUAAGAGGUACAUAGAUGAUGGUAUAGGGGUCACCACUAUGGAGAGGAGUGAACUUGACCUGUUCAUUAACUUUGUAGGCUCCUUUCACCCCUCCAUUAAAUUCACAUCUCUUAUCUCUGAGACCUCAGUCAAUUUCUUAGACAUUACAGUCACUCUUCACAAAGACACCCUACACACCUCUGCCUACUUUAAGCCCACUGACAGCCAUAGCUAUCUACUCUACUCUUCAUCCCACCCUAAAUCCUGUAAGGACUCUAUUCCUUUCUCUCAAUUACUUCGUCUUCGUCGACUUUGUCGGUCGGAUGAGGACUUUUGGGACAAGGCACUUGAAAUGAUAGACUUUUUCCGGUGUAGGUCUUACCCGGAGACAGUACUUUCAUCAGCCCUCCAAAGGGUUAAGAAUAUUACACGUGCUGAUGCCUUCAGACCACGUCUGAGCGACAAUGUUGACAGGACAAAACUCAUUUUAACUUAUCACCCUCACAAUCUGAUUGCUAAACGUGUUUUCCUUAAACAUCGAUCUAUACUACUCGCAGACACCGACACACGAGAAAUUUUCUCUUCCCCACCUCUCAUUGUUUUCAGACGGGAUAAAAAUCUGAGAGACCUGCUUGUACGCAGUCGUAUCAAUGCUCCCCCCUCCCACUUUGGGACCAAGCCGUGUGGACGCAGUCGUUGCAACACGUGCCCUUUUGUCGUCCAGACUGAACGCAUACGUUUCCCCAAGGGCAGUUUUCAGAUACGCGACGGUUUCCUCUGUACAAGCCGCAACGUUAUCUACGCCAUUGUCUGCACCCGCUGUCAGAUGACAUACAUAGGGGAGACUGGACGCCGUCUCUCGGACAGGUGUACCGAACACCUCCGAAACAUUACACAAGAUAAACAGUGUCCCGUCUCCAAACACUUCAAUAGUAGCGACCACCGGGGCAAGGCGGACUUUUCAAUCAGUGCGAUUGUGGCUAGCACUAACACCGCCAGCCGGGUCAAUUUGGAACACAGACUUAUCCUGACUUACGGCACUUUGACGCCAGAUGGGAUUAAUGUUAUGUCUCUGUUCACAGCUUGACCAUAGCUCCGCCCCUCCACGUUCUGACCUAUCACAGUGAACUUUUUCUCCCCCCCUUUUUUUGCCGCUGCUUAUUUAAACUCUCACUCAUUUUCCUUCUGCCACACUUCAUUUGCUGCCCACAGAUACUACUUACCAGCUAAGUGCUAUUUCUUAUUUUUAUAACGUUUUUUCUGUUGUUUUGUUCGCUGACGAAGGCUUUCUGCCGACACGUUCGCUGUCUUGUUGCGUUUAAUUUUUCAGGUUUAACCAUACUCUGUUUUACUCAUUUUAUUUUGUACUAACCUGAUUGCAGUCUCUCCCCUUAUUACCCCAACUUUAUUGUAUUCCUCUACAUAUGCAGCAAGAAGUGUCAACAACCUGCGUUUUCUCCCUUCCCUCAACUAUAACAUGUGUGCUACAGUUACACACUGUGGUAAAAAAAAAGUAUAAAAACUAAGAAAAGCAAUACAAAAUAAUGAAAAUCCAAAUUACAGUUUCAUUGAAUACACUUUCAUGUACUUUAUUGCCGGUUUCACCAAAAUAAAAUCUAAAAGUUGUCUGCAAAAUCAAUACAAUGAACAUUUUCAAAAAUGCUGUAAAAUUUAAAUAUUAUAAUUAACCACCCAAUGACAUUAUAAUAUAAAACAUUUCACCAGCAUUAUAAUAUUUUAAAAAAGAAAAGUUAACUCUAAUAGCAAUCUAAAAAUAAACAAAAGGGAGAGAAUCCUACACAAAACCAAAGUGGUGCAGAUUGCAUAAAUUGUCACUCCAAAAAGUAGGGUAAAAACAUAUCUGCUAAUAUGGGGAGGGGAAAAGGAGAGAAAGUGUUGUUUUAAUUACUUACAAGAGAAAAUGAAUAUUAGGAAUAACACACAUUAGGAAAAAAUUAAAUAAAUAUUUUAGAAAAACCUUCAUUAUUAUUCAUAAAAAUCUAUAACUCUUUCUAACCUGAAUGCUAAGUCAGUAUCCCUAACUCAAGCAUAUAUUCCACCCUAAAUUUAGUGCCCCCUAACUUGAGCAUAAAUUUACUCCUAAAUUUAAACUCUCCUAACUUGAGCGUACAUCUUCAAACCUAAAAUCUAUGACCUAGUUCCUAAUGUCAACCCUAAAACUAUGUGUUCAUGUGCUACAGUUACACACUAUAGGGCCUACUAUACUGAGAAAAUUGUAAAUUUGAAUUAAAAGAUUAAAAUUAUUUUAAUUAAUAUUCAAAAUAAUGAAAACUCAACUUACAGUUUCAAGUAAUACACUUUUAAACACUUUAUUGCAGGCUCCAACAAAAAUAAAAAUCCUAAAGAUGAAAGAAAAGGCAAAAUCCAUAUUCCAAAAUGCCUGCAAUAUAACUUAUGUACCGUAUUAUAAUUAACAACCCAAUGAAAUAUUAAUUUAAUAAUCUAUUAAUCAAAAACAUUCCAAUCUGCGUAUUAAUAUUAAAAUAAUAAAAGCUAACUCAGAUAAAAAAGGGGGAGAGAACCCUACACAGAAACUCCAGGGUCCAGGUAUUAGAUAUUGUGAAAUUAUUUUUUUUCCAGCUCUUUAUAGAUGUUGUUUGUAAAAGAGUGUUUGGGGACGUAACUCAAAUUUUUAUUCUGCCUGGACAUAUCUUCAUUACCACAGACCAUGGCCGAAAACUGUUCACAUUUGAUUGCAAGCCUGUUUCCUAUCAGCAUGUAAGAACAAAAUAACAUUGAUCUGUUGUAUUAAGUAUAUUCCAUUUUAAUUUCAAAGCUUUGUUCACACUCAGAAUUUGUUACUUUUAUUUAUGGCUGGGCUUAUGUUUGGACAAAUUUCAAGUUUUUGUGACCUCAUGAUACAUACUGGAAAAGAAAGGGACGACAUGUUUCAUUUUCAUCGUUUUGGAUAAAGUUUUUUUUUACCUUCGGAUGACAAUGAACAUGAUGAAAUACCUCACUCAUUUAUCAUUGCACCUGCAUUGUAUUAGUUAACAUGGCUUGCUAACACAUUUUGAAUACCUGUAGGCCAUUUUGUAGUUCAAAAAUUUCUAAAGUAAGUUUCAAAUUUGAUUAAAUGGGGUGAUAUAUCAAAACAUCAUGAAUCUUAUAGAGCAGUGGUCCCCAAACUUUUUAUUGCCGCGGACCGGUCAACAUUUGAUAAUUUUACCGUGGCCCGCUGAGGGGUUGGGGGUGUUGAUUGUUUAUUUUUUGGAUUGUUUUGAUUUAUAAUUUUUAUUUUCCUUACCAGUUCUUUGGUCUUGUGUGGUUGGGAAGUAGCGCUCAAACUCUUAGAAAAGCAAAGAGAGUUGAUCGUGCACCAACUGGGAGAAUGAAUGCUCAAUCUCAGUCUCGCCUAAAGUCCCCGCUAAUGUUUGAAACAUGUCCAAAAUGCCUCUGUUCACGCGCCGUCCCCACAACUCCAGUUUGGCUUUAAACGCAGCUACUUUGUCUGCCGAAUUGAAAACAGUUGUCAUUUUCCCCUGAAGCAACAGAUUGAGUUUAUUAAGCAGGCUGAAUAUGUCACACAGGUAAGCCAGUUUUGCAACCCAUACCUUGUCACUGAAAUUUGCUGCCAGGGGUGACUUCUUUUCUGAGAGAAAUUUUUUCAAUGGCUCUCGUAAUUAAAAUACUCAGGUUAGCGAUUUUCCUCUGGAUAACCAUCUUAUUUCUGUGUACAAGAGAAGGCAUCUGUACUCUGCGUCCAUCUCCUCACAAAGCUGCUCAAACAGGGGCGAUUUAAGUGCGUGUUCUUUGAUGUGAUUAAUUAAAUCAAUUAAUACGCUGUUAAAUUCCGGUGACAUUUUGCGGCUUGCCAGUAUUUCCCUGUGAAUGCUACAAUGCGUCACAUUCACUCUCAGGUGCAACCUCCUUAAUCCGAGCCGUUAAACUAGACAGUCAACCGGUUAUGGCAGCAGCUUUUCCGUCUGUGCAUAUUUCGACACAAAAGGACCAUUUUAGUUGUCCUGAUAUAUAACCAUCCAGUGACUUGAACAGUUCUGCUCCUGUUGUGUUGGUUGGCAAAGAUAGUGCACAAAGCAAAUCUUCAUGCAUUUGCUCCUGAUAAAGAUAUCUCACAUAAACAAGUAGUAUUGCCUUGUCGUCGAUAUCUGUAGAUUCGUCAACCUGGAGUGCGUACCACGGUGAUGUAUUAAUCCUCUCCAAAAAUUGUGUCUCCAUGUCUUUGGCUAUUUCCUCAAUGCGCCUGGUCACAGUGCUAGCCGACAAAGUCACAUGCGCUAUCUUUUUAACAGCAGCCUCUCCUAGAAGUUCACGGCUAAUGUCUUUAGUGGAUGGCAAGAUCAAUUCUUCACCUAUAGUGAAUGGCUUUUUAGCCUUAACAGUACGGUUAGCCACCAAAUAUGAUGCUCUCAGUGCAUUCUCCUUUAUUGAUGGGGAGGCCCUCAGAAAUUUUGCUGUUCUUUGUGUUUCCGUUUUUUUUCUUUCAAAAUAGUCCAGUGCGCUUGGAGUUCAAGUGGCGAAGUAGUUUUGAAUGUUUCAUUGCCUCAUUAGAGAGCCGGUCGCCGCAAACUAUGCAGAGCGGGAUUGGUGUCAGAAUCACUGGUCCCUAUAAAUCCAUAUUUCAAGUAGGACUCAUGGUAUUGUCUUUUAAAAGUUUUAUGUCGUUUCUUUGGUGUUGAAGGCUCUUCUGUCACUUCAUUGGGCCUUUUCUUCAAUUUCGAAAAUCACGGUUUUCAUACAUCCUAUUGCAACCACUACUAGCUAGCUAUCGCUUUGAUAUUACUCAAUAGUAGCUGUAGUAUAGUAAUAUUUCUUCCACUGUAUCUUCAAUGUGCUAGUUCAGUGGUUCCUAGAAUGUUUGAUUCCCGGCGCUUAUGCCGAAUUUAGGUUUUCAUCAUUCCUUUGCAGCCCUCUCAGAUACUACUUUUCAGUUAAGUGCUAUUUUUAUUUUAUUCUGUUUUUUACUUAUGUUAGUACGCUGCUGAGGAAAUGCUUCACCUGGUGCGAAGCUGGAAAAUAGUGCCACUUAAUGUAUAGAAAAAGUGCCUCCUGGGCGGAUCAGUAAAAAAAAAGACGAUUUGUGUCCCCUUUCGUCUUUCUGAAGUAUGUGGGAUUUGACAUUUUUAGUCACUAUUAAAAUCAUAAAUAAAGAAGCAUUGGUGUCUGCUGUGACUGCCAUCUUUGCCCCAUUCUCAUGGCUAUGCCUGAGGGCAACAUGGCACCCAGAGCGACACAUUUUAUGGGGACCACUGGGCUGGCCAAAUUGUCUGCGGUAUAAACAAGCGACUCAUUUUUUUAAAAAUUGUUCAGCCCUCUGACAUCACAAUUACCCAUUAAAUUGUUUGAUGUCUUUGGUGUUUUUUUAUAGGGAUGGGGGCUAAAAGCUGCUCGUACAUACGAGUUGGGGGGUGGGGGAGUGUAAAAAAAAACUAAGCACAACAACACUACCCCCCUCCCCCUUUUUGUCGGUAUGGUUCCAGUUGCUGUGAGCCGUUGUGUCCGUACGUCCGUACUUAGCAUCCAGAAAAUCUGGUAAGCUAAAAAAUGGAAAUAAUUUAAUGUUUCUUGGGAGGCCCGGUACCAUUUGAUCCACGGACAGAUACCGGUCCGCGGCCCGGCGUUUGGGGACCACUGUUAUAGAGGAACUACAGCUUAGUCUUAGAGAGGAACUACAGUUUAGGCUUAGAGAGGAACUACAGCUUAGGCUUAGAGAGGAACUACAGCUUAGGCUUAGAGAGGAACUACAGCUUAGGCUUAGAGAGGAACUACAGCUAUUUGUUGCGGUAUUUAAAAAAAAAAAAGAUUGAAUUGAAAAAAUAAUUUAAUGAUUUUUAAGUAGCCAGAAACAAAUAUGAGCAAAUUCUUAGCAAGGAUUUAUAACUGUGAUGUGAAGCUGUAACAAAUCUGCCAUAUGAACAAAGCUUAUGUUCAUACCUAGAAUAUAUAUUUAAAAUUGCAUUAUAUUUUUGUUAGAUGCAAGAAUUUUAAAUUAUGUGAGCCUGAAAAUAUCUAUAAGUUAUUAUAACAAAUUAAAUCAAAAGGGAAAAGUUUAUCUUGUGAUAAAAUUUUAAUUCCUCUUUCAGAUCUUUGCUAUUGGAUGUCUUGAUAUUUCACCUUUAUCUUCACCACUUGCAGAGAUUUUAAUGAUAUCAUCUGACACAAGUGCUCUGGUCAGUAGGAGAGAUGUUAUGUUACCGGUACAUUAUUAAAAUAUUUUUAAUAUUUGAAUUAUAGUUAUGAGUUAUUAUAUAUAUUUUUAUUUAAUAUUUCAUGUCAGUUUCACCAUGAUGUCAUCUGCUCAAAGGUUCUUUUUCAAAAUAAUAUUAGAUUGAUAUUGGAGGACAUGUGAACUUUUGGAAGUUUGGGUCAGAUUUCAACUGGUCACACAUCAGUCAAAUUGACCUUUGUCUUUCCAAUACAUCUGCUGAACUGAUCAGUGUGACCUACCUGAAUUCAUUGAACAUUUUUUUCUGGUGUGAGAAAAUUCACAAGCAACUGUCGACAUCACCUCCAGGUGUUGCAUCUUCUCCAGAUUCUUACUGUAUCUGUCAGAGACAAAUCCUUGCAGGUAAGUACAGAAACUUUACUUGUGGGUAUGCACACAAACUUUAACAUUUUAAAAUUAAAAUGAUCCCAACAAUAAAUUGACUAAAAAAAUUAUGCUAAGAUUUGUGUCUGAAAUAACAAAGAUAAAGAUUUUUUUUUUACAUGACUAUUGACAAAAUUUUAUCAUCUGCAAUGUCUUCUAGCCCCUGAUUUACACAGUGAAAAUGACCAUAAAGAACUGUCUUCGAUCCUAUUACACAACUUUGCACCAUGUGAUUUAUUUGCCCUGGCCAGUGAUAUAUUAUUUGUGAACACCAGGUUAGUAUUUCGUCUACCACCACCAUAGAUGGAGUCAACCAAAUUUCAACCAAUUAAUUCUGGGGGAUAUAGCAGUAUUUUAUACAGAUGUCAUGGAUACCGUAUGUUCCACACAAUGUUAACAAUUUGAUAACGGUAUUGUCUUUUUAAUAUACAGAUUAAGUUAAGCCUAUUGAAUAUCUUGAAAUAUUCUUAAGCGCAUUUUACGUUUAAACUCCAUGGCUUAUUAUAAUUCGAUGAAAGUAAUCAAUUACUUCAAAUAGGGACCUUCCCCGAAAGCUAUCACAAAUGUGAUAUUAAUUUUUUUUUCCCUAGGCAUGAUUAUGAUCAAACAUCUGUGUAUCUUACAUUUGACUUUCUCAAUGGCCAAGUCAGCAUUUUUAUAGGAGAUGAAUGUAUUUGCCUGCCUGUGACACCAGCCAUGGACUUUAAUGAGAUGCUUUUAAACUGUUUACCACAACUUGUCAAGGUUUUUACUAGUGCAUUUAUUACAAAUACUUGUUUACUUAAGUGAAGGUCUUGUUAAUCAGAGAAGUGAUAAAUCUGCUCCUGUGAUUUGAUUGGUUCUAUAGAAACAAUACUUUGGUAAUAUGAUUGGUAAUCGCGGCAAUGUUUCUUGGCUCUACCAAUCUUAUUAUGAAGUAAUUUAUUUUAGGAGUAACAACUAAAACAUACACUUAGGCUCGUUUUACGUCUGUUUCAUUUAUAUAAGCUCUCUUAAAAUUACAAUUUCAAAAGAUGAUUAUAAGUAUUUGCAAAUAAUACUAUUAUUUCAGAUACCCCCAGGUAAAGGUGACCUCGGUGUCAAAGUUGAUGUUCAUGAAGGUCAAGUAGCUGUAUUAAAUUCAGGAGGUCAAGUGGAGUUGUAUAAAUGUUAUGGUAAUUCUUGUCAAUUUUAUUGAUACAGUCUUUAGCAGUUUAAAAUUUUUACAUACCACUGUUGCUUUCUUUAAAUGGCAGACACAAGAUAAUAUGGGCAUUAAUAUCUAAGAACAUAACAAAAACAUUAUGCAGAAGUGUCAGCUUCUUCUCUACCCCACAAAAGUUUGCAUGCCCCAAUGACCCACAGGACCUUGUAUGCCCCAAUGACCCACAGGAGCUUGCAUGCCCCAAUGACCCACAGGACUUUUCUUUCCUGUACAAUCUCUGAAUUUCUUACGCGGUUGAAGUGGGUAUUUAAAUUGUCUUUAGCCACAGGCCACUUAGUAAAUUUAAAAAAUCCAUUUGUUUGGAUCAAAAAAAAGAAUCUUAUCUAAUCUUAGUCUCACCUUUUUGUGGUGUGGAUGGUUGCCCUUUAGGAGGGAUGGCAUCCUGUCUUAUCACUCGAACGCUAGUUGGUGGGUGAAAAUUGCAUCAAGUGAGCACACUCCACACCUCAAAUCCAUUAGUGUAAGCAUGAUCCCUAACCUUGCCUGAAAUAAUCUUCAUUCUGCCUUGCACUGAACCAACUAUUGACAAACCACUUUGCACUGUUAUCUAGGUGAGCGUUCCCUGAACAGAGGUCUGUGGACUAGCACGAUCCACAAGCCUUAUGUUGUUAGUCAAUACAUGAAUGUGUAUGGUCAAAUGAAAAGAAAAUAAAAUUAAUAAAUCUGGCACCGGGCCCCGGUGCAAUUUCUAAACUUAAAAGUUUGGGAAACGCUGAUCUAGUUAACACGCUGCAUGUGUAAUGGCCUGCGAACCAUGAAUAAUAAACAACUGCAUCUGCCUUGUCCAAAAUUAAGUCAUCAUCUUUAUUUCGUCAUUAGAGUGAACGCUAGAAAUUAAGUCAAGUUAAGGUUUUGUCAAACAGCACAUUUUAUUUUUUAUCAGAUUUAGGGAAAAGGAAAGUGACAAGAAUGUUAUUCAAGCUCAGUGGCUCUUGUUUUGAUCAUCCACAAUUAAAAAGCCAUCAGUGGUUUCUACACAAAGGGCAUUUAGGAGUUUUUGAUAAUGACACCCUGUAGUAAGUAGAAGAUGUGGUUGACUUUUUUUGUGUGCAAUGUGUUACAUUUGUCUGUACAAACAUAGAAAGGACACAGAGAUCUGUGCAAAAGUUCUAUAGGUCUAUACAAGAGUCCCUAAGACCAGUGAUUAUUUCAUCCUAGCAUUUUAUUUACUUGCCAUAAUUUUGUAUAACUCAAAACAACUCAAAACUGCUAACUUUGUUCUAAUAUAUAUGAGGUUAUUUCAUUCAUCCGAGCAAAGUUAACAAUUUUCUUUUUUUUUUAGUUUUCCACUUAUUAUGAAAUAUAGUUUUAUUUUAUUCCAGCAUUUUCAAACUUGAUCCUGUUGCCAAAGUUUCUGAGUCCCGACUGGGUGUCUUCGGUGUUGACCUUGUGAUACAAAGUCCUUCAAUAUCAAUCUUAUCUUGGAUUUUAACUUCAGAUCAACUUUUUGCCCUUCAGGUUAUUUCCCUUUCUUGGUUCUCUUAUAAAUUCUUAGAUAAACACUGAAUUAACAUAAAGAUAUAAUUAGAUGGCACAAAAUCCCAGAUAACAUAAAACCAUUAGUGGUUAGUUGAAUGUUGUCAUUUCUAAGAUAAUUAUUUUCUUUCAAAUGUAAAAUUUCUAAAGUUGUUUUUAUUUAAUAUUUGUUUUUUGUAAUCUGAAGACUGUAAAAUAUCAACACUUAAGAUGGAAUGUAAUUAGAAAAUGUUUUCAUUAUUUGCAUUUAAAUUCAGGGAGUGGACAUCAAAUCAAAAGAAAUGUUUACAUCUUUGGACAAUUUGCCAAACGACGGUAGCUUACAGAAUGACAUCUUAAAGUUGGCUCGCUUACAGGAGGUGAAUGGUUAAACAGAAAACAAGUCAUCAGUGUGUUGGAAGAUGAGUUUUUAUCAAAUCUUUGAUCCAAUAGAGGUCAAAUCUUUGAUCAAUUAGAGGUCUUGAUGUCAUUCAAAAUAGUCAUGUGCACAUCUCAACGAUAGUGAACAGGAAAUAGAUUGUAAGGAAAAAUAGCACAUAGUUUCUUAGAGAUAUCAGAACUACAAGACAGGACUAAACAAUUAGUGUGUCACAGUGUGCGGAUAGCAAACUUUCAACAGCAGAUGUUACAUUAGUGUUUAUCAUGUAACAAAGAGAUAAUAUCCAAACAGACAUAAAUAAUACUCUUCAUUUCUUAAAAGUUAGAUUUUUUUCCUGGUGGGAUCCCUGGGUGGCCAAAAGUAAUUUAAUUCAGUGGUAGCCGGCUCACUGGCAGAAAUGGGAGGCAUUCAUACAUUGGAUAAGUAAACAAGGGAGAGGUGGGAGAUAGAAUCAAGCAGCGAAAACAGUUAUACAAUCCAACGUGUUGUAAUGACAUAUGCAAAUGUCAUGCAUGAGUAACCCAACCCUGAUGAGUAGGAAUAAUUUGACAUAGUUAACAGCUGUAACUAGAGAGACAGCAUCUUCGCCCUUCUGGAGUCACAAGAAUGUGUCAUUUUUUUAAAUUAGUUUUUUUUUUCUUUCUGUUGAAGCUUAAAUUAGCAGGCUACAGUUAUGACGUCAGUCAAGACCUCAACAGGUUGAACAAAACUAACUCAGAUGAAAAACAUGUACAGAAUCAGUCACAGCUUGCAAGUCUCAUGGGUUGGUUUUUUUAAUAUUCAUUACACUAGGUGAUUUCUCAGAUUAAAAGUAAGUCUUAUCAGCAUUUCUCAACUGUGAAAAUGCCAUAAAGUAAUGUUCGAGUACCGCUGAAUAAUGAUUUUUUUGGCUGAUUUUUAUACACUUAUUUCUGGCAUAUAUUUAUUCGAAUUAAUAUUUUGUUUCAAUUCAAUGAUUUCCUCAGAAUUUUGUAAGGUUGGAUACUCUCAUUAUUUUAGUUACUAUUUUGCACUUAGAUAAUAAAAGGCUGCAUUUAUCUUUUUCAAAAAGUUUUCCUCCAACCAUGAAGGUUUAGUCUUAUUUUUGAUUUAUUACUUAAGCAGAUUUAGUUUAAUUAAAAUGGAUUAGUAUUUUUCUAUACCUUCUUCAAUAUUGUGAUUGACUUUUGUUGCAGCUCCUUAUCUGGAAGAAUUUUGGCGACUUGAAAACUUAUCAAAGGCUCUUGUUGAUUCGAAAACAGUUAAGUUUAUUACAGAAAAAUAUCUAAGAACUUAAAUUCUAAAAAAUAUAACAAUAAUCUUUUAAAAUUUGAAGUCAUUAAUGUUUUUUAUUUUUUAACUAAAAAGAUAAUGGUAAAUCUCUAUGUUCCAGAUUACAAUAAAACCAGAGAUCAGGUCCACGGACUCCAUGGUACAAAAUUUGAUGGGAAACAGAAGCAUCUCUAGGCCCUCCAGACAUGCACUAAUGCUUUGGCUAUCUAUGAUUUACCCCCAGCAACUCCUCGACUACCUGUGUCAGGGUGUCACAGUUGAGAAUGGUAAGCUCUUUCUCUCACUCUCUCCCCCCACCUCCCCUCUCUUUUUAAAGCAAAUACUGGACCGGCUGUGACAGGGUAUUAUUGUUGGAAAUAGUAUAAGUAUAAGAUAUCAUUGGAGAAAUAGAAGUUUGCUUGCUUGAACUUUUGUGACAAAAUAUCUUUUACUGUAAAUAGUUAAUUAUAGACUAAUAUAAUAAUAGAUUAAAAUAAUUUUCAAAAUAACAAAAAACAUUUUAAAAAACCUGCAAUAAUCCAUUUUUCAUUUUUAAAAUUGUUUUUGUAUUUGGUCAAAGCUGUUGUUGACCCACAGGAAAUGACACAGUGGCAGUCACUACUUGGGCUGGACGGAAGUGACCUCAUGAACUUUGAGUUUGUCUGUCGGCUUUUAUUUCAACUUCAUCCAGAAAAGUUGGUAAGUAUUUGUGAUACCUUCAUAACUCCAGUAGCAUUUUUAUUAUUAUUACUACAAUAAUAAAAUGAUUUGUAAAUUGAAGAAUGUUUCUUUCCUUUCAGCUGAAUUUUGUGAAAUGUGCAGAAAGUGUUGGUGAACACAAUGUUGGAGUGUCUGCUUUUGUCCGCAAGAAACAUUCUGUAAGUUAGAUCUCUUUCUUUAACUCAUUCCCGACGUUUGCGACUAAAUGCGUCUUUUACGGGUUUCGCCGGAUGCGUCCAAAUGCUUCCCGGCGCAUAGCGACACACCUCUCUCAUAUCUAUUUAAAAAUAGCAAUGAAAUCUCGCAUCCCUCGAGACAUCCGGCUAUGGCGUGGUUCAGCGUGAUUUUAAUUUAAAAAGCGGAAGUUUUUAUCUUGUUUCACUUUAAAACUACGUGUGCUUUAAUACGGCGCGUCUAUAUGUAGCAUGUGUUCGUCCGACGUGCCGAAAAUCGAUGUUUUGGUCAUUGUUCGUUCUUUUUCCCCUCUAAUGUUAUAUUUAUAUUAAACCUUAUUCAUUUUUUGUUGCAAUUGUUCUUAAUUCGUUAACAUUAAAUAAUAUUUAGUAGCUUAAAUACAUUUUUAAAAAAUGUAAACAAUUUCAAAACAGGGUUACUUCCCUUUCUCAGGCAAAUAAAUUAAAUACGGAAGUAGCAUUGCAGGAGGGAAUGAGUUAAUUAGUUUGACUGAAUGAUUACUGAUUGAUGCCCGUAUUAUUUGUAUUUCAUUUAUCUGUUAAAUGUGUUGUUUGGGCUUGAUAUCAAUGUCAUUUUAUCCCUCAGUUAACCUUCAUGUAAACUGUUUGUUUCUUACUGUUCAUUUGUUAAAGAGUAAGAAAUUAGAAAAAUUUGGUCAGGAAAAGCUACAUUAUGGUCACCUUAACAAAUAACAAACAGUGUAUGAAUAUGCUAUAAAAUUGACAAAGAUUGCCUUCUUUUUGAUGGUCAAGUGACAAAAUGAAGUGGAAACCAUUUUUGAUGAUGUCAAGGGAUAAUACCUUUGAUUCUUAAAUGGGUCAAAUAAAAAAAGAUUGAAUAAAAUUAUGGCUGAUUAACCCUCCAUUACAAUCUGGCAUGUUGUUAAAGUCUCAAAGCAAAAUUCAAUUUACAAAUUAUGUUUCAAUUACUCUAUUACAGCUGAUAUACUACAAAAGUGCGUGUGACUGUCUCCCUGAAAGUGAUAUGUCAGUUAAUCCUAAGAUGGCUGCCAGGGUCAAGGCCAAACUGAUCUUAGCAUGGUAUAGUUUAUUUAAAUGGAUUCUCUAAUAUAAUCAUUCAUUUAAAUGGAUUGUUUUUGUGUGAAUGUUUUGGAAAUUUCAAUUUUUAAUUUAUGUGACAAAAUGUAUGUUGAGGAUUCUAGACAUUAUUCAUAGUCAUAGCUUUAUUUUGAACUCAGGGCAGCAUAGUAAACAAAUGUACAACACCUAAUUUGGGUAUAUUACUCAGGUAUUAACAUCAUGGAAGUUAAGUUUUAUUUAUAAAAAAAAAUUGUAUAGUGAAUUGAACAUUCUCAUUUUAUGUACAUUCUAAUUUUCCAGUAAUUUUUAUAACAUUGUAAUGGGGGUCAUUCUGGAUUCUCAACUCAACUGACAACUCUGUUUUAGGUCCUUGGUUGCGGUUAGUCAAUCUUAGUUAAACACAUUAUCUUUGUGUUUGAUGUUAGAUAAUCGCAGUACAUUUUACUCUUCCUCAGUGAAGGUAACAAUUGUGUAGAGACAGCUUUGAAGCAAUUUUUGCAAAAUGAAUUGUGGUCAGAUGCGAUUGAGUUGCUGAGACAAGAGGCCAAUAAUGAAGAGAAAUUGUCCUCUUACAUGUACAUCACCAUCAGGGCCUUAUCACAGGUAUGUAAAAUGUCAAUUAGGGUCUUUUUGUUUACAUCUGAAUCAUGCAGGACACAAACAAAUUCUAACAACAUGGUCAGUAAUUAAGAUGUAUGUCAGUAUCAGUAAUUAAGAUGUAUGUCAGUAUCAGUAAUUUAGAUGUAUGCCAGUAUCAGUAAUUAAGAUGUAUGCCAGUAUCAGUAAUUAUGAUGUAUGUCAGUAUCAGUAAUUAUAAUGUAUGUCAGUAUCAGUAAUUAAGAUGUAUGUCAGUAUCAGUAAUUAAGAUGUAUGUCAGUAUCAGUAAUUAAGAUGUAUGUCAGUAUUAGUAAUUAUAAUGUAUGUCAGUAUCAGUAAUUAAGAUGUAUGUCAGUAUCAGUAAUUAAGAUGUAUGUCAGUAUCAGUAAUUUAGAUGUAUGUCAGUAUUAGUAAUUAAGAUGUAUGCCAGUAUCAGUAAUUAUGAUGUAUGUCAGUAUCAGUAAUUAUAAUGUAUGUCAGUAUCAGUAAUUUAGAUGUAUGCCAGUAUCAGUAAUUAAGAUGUAUGCCAGUAUCAGUAAUUAUGAUGUAUGUCAGUAUCAGUAAUUAUAAUGUAUGUCAGUAUCAGUAAUUAAGAUGUAUGUCAGUAUCAGUAAUUAAGAUGUAUGUCAGUAUCAGUAAUUAAGAUGUAUGUCAGUAUUAGUAAUUAAAGAUUCUGCAACUGUAUUUAAAUGUGCUUAUAAAUAUUUGUGGUUUAAACUUUGUUUCCAAAGAACAAUAAUUUCUUCUUUUUUUUUAUUGUAUAACAGACUGCGGCGUAGGGAAGGCGUAGCAAAGUUUAUUGAUUCACUAGUGACAAGCUCAUUUAAUCUCAAGACUAAAUAACUCUCUGAGACAAAGCUCAUCAAACUUAUAGGACAAAACAGUUUAUGUCAUUCAACAAUUAUUCUGCAGAUACACAAGGAUCUGAAAUGUGUUUUAGUGUGUUCAAUUUGUGAUCAAUGUGUGAAAACAAAAGUUUAUAGAAAAUGUUCACUAUGUUUUUCAGAGCCCCGAAUUCAGCAAAUUUGUUCGUGAACUGUUUGAACUGAUGCCAUCAUGGAAAUGGUAUGGAAUUACACUGCUUUAUAUUUGUCCCUAUUAAUUUUAAAUAUUUAACAAAAUGGAUCAGAUUUAGUACUGAGCACAUGUUUUAUGGAUGCACUGAAAGAUAUAAUAAAUGAUUACCUUAGGCAAACAUUUUUGCUUAGUUGCACAUUUGACUUUGAUUAUUCUGAUGAUGGCUGUUUUCCCUGUGCGUCUGCAGAUAAGGCAAAACUUGCUGUUUCACCUCCAUCCCUUUAUUUCGCUGCUGUCAUAUUCUUACUCAAGCUCAACACUUAUGCUUUUAUCAUAACUGAGUUUUUACUUUAAAUCUUUAUUCGUUUGUUUGAUAUUAAGAUUUUUUAAGAUUUCAUUUAGCAGAAAGAAUGAAAAAAAUUCAAUUAUCUAAAUUUCAACUGCUGUCCGUUUAGAGAAAUGUAUAAACCAUUUGGUCCUGCCAUAUUCAAUUUUCAAAGCACAUGGUUUGAUGAAAUGUUCUUUUAAAAUAUAUGUACAAAUGAUUUGAAAUUGUUUUAUUUCCCUUCAGUUUUCUGACUUUCUCUCAUGUGGCCACAGAGCGUCAAGAGAUACGUCAGCAACAGUUAACUGCUUCAGUCAGAGAUAUAUUUGCAAAUGAGACAUUUGGUGUCAGUUUAGCUUCAGUUAAACCAUUUUUGUUAGAUAUAAUCAAGGACAUGUAAUUCCAGUACUUUGUUUCAUUGUCUUCAUCCAUGACUCAUGACUAAAAUCUACAAAUUGUAAAAUGAAAAUAAUGUUAACAUUCCUCGCACAGGAAAUUCAUUAAAUAGCAGUUAAUUAAAACCAACCCUAAAAACAAAGCUUUCAUAUAAAUCCUUUAUAAUAAUUUAUAUGCAUUUAUGUCAUUGCACGUGAUUUAUCAGUUAUGUAAUUGUAGCAACUGAUGUUUGGUAUGGUAUAGGAAUGGUUUUUAAUCAAGCUUUAGUGCAUGUUAAACCUAAUAAUAAUAAAGAUAUAUUUAAACUCAAAUACGACACAAUACAGCUACACAAUUAAUAUCCGCACCAAAACAAGCACCCGUUGAACAUAUUAACCGUCCUCCUUCCCCCUCCCCUUUGAAAAACAGGAAAAACUGAUUUAUGGGGGUAGGGAUGAAAAUAUGAUAGAAUGUGUUGUCAUGUGUUGUGCCAAGUUUCAUUUCGAUAUUAUGAUGGGAAGUGGCCUAAUAGCCUUCUGAAGAUUUUGUCAGAAAGGAACACACUUUUGCCACAAAGAAACACAUGAAUGAGGGAAGUUAUAAUUAAAGAUUUUUUAAAAAUAAUUACACUUAUUUAAUAUCGCUAGAAAUUUAUUUAAAUCUACUAAAAUUUGAACAUAUCAGUUUUUGGUGUUUUUUUACCCAAAUUGCCUAAUGCAAGGAUUGAAUUUUUAAGCUAAACUAUUUUUUUCCAUGUCAUAAUAUUACAGUUUGCAUUUUGAAUGUUGAUAAUAUAAAUAUAAAACAAAUUUUGCUAUUGACAUGAAACUAGUUCUUAUGCGUCUGUAUUGAUUGGCGUCAUUAAGAUGAAUGUUAUCAAAAAAAGUCACUUGCAAGUUGUGCUAUUUCCUCAGAGGUUUUUGAACAAAAUCAAAUACUGCUCUAUUAUCCAUUGAAGAAUUUUUCUAGAAGUAAUUUUAAACAUUUUGUUUAAAUGUUCUGUUUCCCGGAUAAUUUUCAAAUAUGCUAAUUAAGCUGGAAUGGAGUACCAGGGAUUGUAGAUGAUAAGUUCCUUUGAUAAGAUGUGGGAGUAGGAUUUGAAAUUAAUCUCUUUUUUGUUGAUGUAGCUGUUGCAACUCAUGGUGUAUUUUAAUAAUAGAAUACUAUAUUGAUUGGCUUUUAAUGAAAUGUUAUCAUUCAUAAUAAACAUGUUUUAUUUAAAUGCCUUGUUAAUAAAAUUGAAUAAGCUCCU